ACGAGAAGACAAUGGAGUCAUUUGAAGUCACAUCUUCUGAAGCUGCUUAAUUGUUCUCCACCGAGAAGGGUGUAAAACGAUUAAAUCAUUUAAAUUAGUGAUUAAAGUGGUGGAUACAUCCUCUCCAGCCCAGGUCUAAAUUGCAAUGUUGAAGAUGCAUGAAGAGUUUUCUCCUUCCUCUGUGUACAGUCUUCUGCUUUCUGUUCUGUGCGCACUUUUGGCCAUUUGCCUAUUUAAGUGGCUCCAAUUCUGGAUCUUGCCCAGAUGGUUAGAAGCAAAUCAUCCACCUGGCCCUUUCCCAUGGCCCAUCAUAGGUAAUGCUAUGCAACUUGGUAGAUCUCCUCACUUGGCUUUUAUAGAACUAGCUAAAAAGUAUGGGGAGAUCUUCCAGAUUAAGUUGGGGAGCCAGAAAGUGGUGGUGCUAAAUGGAGACAAGGUCAUCAGACAGGCUCUGCUGCAGAAAGGAGCAGACUUUGCAGGUCGUCCUGGAUUUGCCUCCUUCAAGUACGUGUCAGGGGGCAGAAGCCUGGCUUUUGGGCUCUACAAUGACAGAUGGAAGGCUCAUCGCAAAAUUGCCCAGUCCACAGUAAGAGCCUUCUCCACUAGUAAUCCGGACACUAAGCGGAGACUGGGGCAACAUGUCUUGAGUGAGACCCAUGAUCUGAUUAAGGUCUUCUCUGCUCUUGGAGAAGGAGGUAAAUACUUUACCCCUGGAGGACAUCUCGUGGUGGCCGUGGCUAAUGUGAUGUGUGCAGUAUGCUUUGGCCGGCGCUAUAGCCACAUGGACUUGGAGUUCCAGGCUCUCCUCAGCAACAAUGAUAAAUUCAGUAAGACAGUAGGUGCAGGAAGCCUGGUAGAUGUCAUGCCCUGGCUCCAGAGGUUCCCAAACCCUGUCAGAACAAUAUUUAAUGAUUUCCAACAAGUCAAUAAGGAAUUCUACAACUUUGUGCAUGGCAAGUUCAUGCAGCACCUCAAGUCAGCAGUGUGGGGAGUGACUAGAGAUAUGAUGGACGCUUUUAUCCACAUCUUAGCAGAAGUGGAUGGGAAAAGUUUCAUCUUUAGCCAAAAUAGAACAGUAAAGAACCAGGAGAAGAAUGGUAGCCCAGGGUUUCACCUGCUAGAAACGGAUCAUAUUCCGGCCACAGUCUGUGAUAUAUUUGGGGCCAGCCAAGACACCCUGUCCACAGCUAUGCAGUGGCUGAUUUUCUUCCUAAUCAGAUACCCAGAGAUUCAGAAGAAGAUGCAGUAUGAAGUGGAUAAGGUCAUUGGAAGAGAUCGCUUACCCGGUGUUGACGAUCAGUCCAGUUUACCAUACAUCAUGGCAUUUCUUUAUGAAUUAAUGCGAUUUAGUAGCUUUGUCCCUGUCACCAUUCCUCAUGCAACCACAAAGGACACCAAUCUCAUGGGUUACAAUAUUCCUCAAAACACUGUGGUAUUUGUCAAUCAGUGGUCAGUCAAUCAUGAUUCCUUAAAAUGGUCAAAUCCAGAAGAAUUUGACCCAUCGAGAUUCCUGGAUGAUAAGGGAUUUCUCAAUAAAGACACGGUGAGCAAUGUGAUGAUAUUCUCAGUAGGUAAGAGAAGAUGUAUAGGGGAAGAGCUAUCAAAGAUGCAGCUGUUUCUCUUUGCAUCCAUUUUGGCUCAUCAGUGUACAUUUACUGCCCACCCUGGAGAAAAUCUGAACAUAGAAUGUGACUAUGGAUUGAGCAUCAAGCCUAAGCCAUUUAUCAUCAGUAUGAGCCUUCGGGAUGGUAAUAUGGACCUACUGAAUAAUACAGUCCAAAAAAUGAAGACAGAAAAUUAAAAUGAUACAGAUGUCUUUUACACAUUUUAUAGCUGGGAACACUAUUGAGCAAUGAAUUGCCAAAACAAUAGUGGUGGACAUAUAUUACUAUACAUAAUAUGUAUCCAAAAUGUUAAGAAUGCCAUGGAUGGUUACUGCUGUUUUAUGUCAUAUUGAGUUCCGUUAUCUGAAAGUCUGCCCUCAAAAAUGAGACUUUGGCCUUUAGCAAAUACUAAGGGGGAGAUUUAUCAAAACUGAUUUAAAGGAAAACUGGCUUAGUUGCCCAUAACAAGCAGUCAGAUUCUACCUUUCUGGUAAUAAGUCAAAAGAUUGUUAUAGUCAGGGGUAAAAUCACUUGUGGCUAACUGUAGACUUCAGAACCAUUCAGCAUAAUAACAUCAAAAAUGGUAAAGUUGUCUUUGGUGGUAAGUGAAGUAAUGUUCAACAAUGAACACAAUCAGCUAAUAUAUAAACCCAGGCUGUACGUCAGCCUCUGGGAGGUUCUCACACUGUAUUUCUGUUUUUCUUAUGACAGAUGUUCAAAAUGUAUGAUCAUAGCCCUGUAGGCUUGAAGUAUCCAUCAAACAACGUGAUCCUCAGGAUCCACUCUCCAAUUAUACACAACAUGUAAACUUUAUUGCUGUUGAUACACAUAAAUACAGUAUGAUAUGCUCAC